AUGAAUCGAUCAACGUUUGUUGGUUUGCUCUCUAUCAUUUCUGCACUGACUUUCAUCUUAAAUGGCUUAGUUAUUGUGCUUGGUUUUCUUAACAGGCGAAAAUUCUUUACAGCAUACGAUACCACGAUGUUGUUUUUAAUGCUGAUUGAAUUUUUACAAGGGGUUGUCGGUUACCCAAUCGAAUUAUUAACAGACAUAGAACACGGAGGUUUUUCAUGUGUCUUAGCUGGAUAUUUAGUAACAAGUCUAGCCCUUGCUUCAAUAUCACUUUUGGCAGCGUUAGCCUUAAUGAGAUUAAUAUCAGUGAUGUUUCCGUUCAAGUCACGCCUGUUGUUAAACUCUAAGAAGAACAGCCUGUAUUUUAUUGUACCAUCAACCUUAUAUGGAUUUGCAUGGGGUACCUUUCCACUUCUUGGCUGGAGUAAAUAUUCUCCCGAGCUCAACAGCGACAGAAGAUGCUCUGUAGAUUUAAUUGGUCGAGACAAGAACACUCUCUCUUAUCUGUACGCAUUAAUGGUUGGAUGCUAUCUUAUACCAUUGACAGUUAUGUCCGUCUCUGCUUUCAUAAUAGCAAAGCGGCUAAGAAGAAGUACCCACAGCAUUAAUGUUAAGCACGAGAAAGCUAGAACGGCACAAAUGAAAAAGGAAAGACGAACGACAUUAUUUUUAUAUGUUGUCAUAGCAGCAUUUGUGAUUGCUUGGACUCCCUAUGCAUUGAUGAUUUUUCUUAUAUCGCUUGGUGAAAGUGUGACCAGGAAUUGGUUAGACUAUUCGUCACUUCUUGCAAAAAGUUCGACUUUCUACAAUCCUUUAAUUCACGUUAUUAUGCACAAGAGGAAUCGUGUUUCGCUCUUUAACUUUUUAACAGUUCAAAGAAUAUCAAAUACGAAUAGUCAAGAGAUUAGUCUACACGGUCGCUCUAAUGAAGUUCAAGGUGGACGCGCAAAUCAACAAAACGUUUCAAGUGCCCCUUAA